AUGGCUCAACUGGAAGUGCCAUUUGUUGCUAACAUCUUUUUCUAUUUAUCAAGUGUCACAGACGCAGCAAAACUUACUUUUGUGUGUCAUAGAUGUCGCGAAUCUGCUUUGGCCCUGCGAAAGAACCCGUUAUACCCAACUACUAAUACAAGGCUUUUACUCCUUCGAGAGCUUCGUGUGUUCUCAAAGAUCCAAACGGUCUGUUUCCAUGACGAGUUGACACCAGAAGAGUCGGACAAGUUUAACUUGGUGUGUUGCACUGCGUCCGCCAAAGUGAAUCUCAACAAGGUUCGAGAAGUGAUGCCGUCGCUUUCAUUUAGCACCAAAAACAUUGUUCCAAUCGACGCGAGUGUUAUCAAUUUCGUUUUUGCGCCUCACCAUUUCGACACAAGCUUCGACACAACAAAAAAGUAUUUUGAAGACGCCGCAAAGUGUUUUUGUAUUAAGAAACUUGUUGUUUACAUCAAGCCAACAAACGUUCUUGGCGGCGAAGGUAUUCCCGACAAUUCAAAGAAAAUUGUGCUUGAAAAAAUCACUGAAUUUCUCAUUCUCUUUCGCGACCAAAAUGUAUCUAAAGUCCACUGUGAUGUCAUUUUGAAGACUCCAUUUCUAUCUGAGGAGAAAUUUUCAAUUCUUCACUCUUUCAAUGUCUCGGUGAUGUACACAGGAAAGGACUUAGACGAAGAAGUUUUAAAACUUUCUGAAAAGAAAUUGUUGUAUAUUGAAAACAAAGAGCGGAGUGUAUACUAUAAGAUAAUAACUUCUCCACUUCUUCAACCAUUUUGUGAGAAAUAUUAUAUCCAAAAGCUAGUGUUAUUUAAAUUACCAAGUAAUCUGACUGAAGUGAACUUUUCCGAGUUGACCACACUCACACAACUGAAGAUAGUUGAAUCAACUCAAGAAAUUGGAGCAACGUUCCCUGUCACACUCAACUCACUCUCAUUUGGAAGUCCACUCACUGUUUUGAACGCGAAACAGUUGACACAUUUGACCGCUUUGACUGCGCCAAAAAUUGUUCAUAUACCUUCACUGAAAGAAUUCACAUUUGCUCCAAAUGCAAUUUCAAAGACUUUCCCAUCUUUGGAACAAUUCAGGUUACAAAGUUUGACUUUGAAUUCAUUCGAUUUGAGUUAUUUGGAUCUCGAGCCGUACCUCUUUAUUACUUCCGUCAACUUCAAAAGCGGAAUCUACAGGGAAGUCGUCCUUCCAUUACUCCUCGAAAGGCUCAAAGUGGAUAUAUUUUGCUCAAACAUCCCACACUUCUUAAACAUCGAAAAUCUUAAAUUGAAGUCGGUCAUAAUCCUCCCACAACUCAUGGACGAGUACUACCCAAGGUUUAAACUAAACAAAGAGCAUUUAGUCGAACAAAAUAUCCCUGAUGGUCUUCUACAGAUUGAAGGGUGUGUUCUUGUGUAA